AUGCAGAAGGUAUUCAGACGGACGGUGCUGGCGGAACGCCAAGCAGCUCGGCGGGGAGCUCGGCGGCGAGAGAAGAACAAUCGAGAUUUCCGGAAGGCCCAGCGCGACCAAACGUUUUUUCAAAACCGGGAGAGAGGUGCAAUUCUCAAACAAGCAGCAAUAAAUAGGAAAGAGGAUUGGGAGUUGGGGGCUCUGGCACCGAAGAGAGAUGUGGGAGAGUGGAAGGAGAAGUAUGGGACGGUCAACCCGCACACGUUGAGGGGGCCGAUGCUGUUUGGGGAGGAAAGGUAUAAGAAGUUGGAGAUCUUCGGCGGCAAGUACCUCAAUAUUACGGCGGGGGACAGAGUGGUGUUACUAGAAGGGAGAGACAAGGGAAAGAUUGGAACGAUCAAGGAAAUAGAUGCUCGAAGGGCUGAGUGUACGAUUGAAGGAUUGAACUUGGUCGAUGUAUCCGUCCCCAAAUGGAUGAUCAACCCAGACGACCCGGACCAACGCCCUAUCCGCCAAAUGGAAAAGCCCAUCUCCCUCCCGUCCGUCCGGCUCGUCCACCCUCUCACCGAUGAAGCAACCGGCGUCACCAAAGAUGUAAUCAUCAAAAAGCUGGUCAACAGCAAGCUCUGGCACUCCAAAGAAGGAGGGGUUAGCUGGAGCCGCAUCGUCCCAGGUCUCAAUAUCAAGAUACCCUGGCCUAAACGCGAUCCCAAAGUCUACGAAGACAAGGCAAGCGACACCCUUCGAAUAGACGUGGAAGCCAAAACAUUCGUGCCCACACUCCUCACGCCACCCAUGCCACGGAGCGUUAUCGACGAGCUAAGGAACAAAUACUCGAUAUUCAGAACUAGACACGAGCCUGCGUAUAUUGCCGAGAAGGAGGCCGAGGAGAAUGCAAAGGAGGAGAAGAAGAAAAUGGCUAAGCUUAUGAGAACUCCCCUCUCGGAGAUUAAUCGCAAAGAGAGGAAGUUGCGGAAGGCGAAGGGUAAGGGGAAGCUUACGCCUGAUAUGUUGGAGAGGAUUGGAAAGAUCAUAGCGGAGAAGAGGCAGUUGGCUAUGGAUGCUGCGGGAGUGUCGAAAGAGGGAGCUGCAGCAGAGCCGGUGAAGGCGGCUGUCUGA